AUGUGUAAUUAUAUGGGGACCAUACUAUUUCAUGACGUCCCAGCUCAUUUCUCCUUCCAGCGCGGCGCAUUGUCACAGCAUCAUUCUUUUCCCCCGCCAUCGAUCGCGAAGCUUCCUCCCGUCACCCCCCAUCGCCCAUCGACCAAUCUUCCCCCUCCUAACCCUCCCCCGCCCACCGGCACGCCCCUCCGCACCAUGAGCAGCGCCGAAGACGGUGUGUACACCGUCAAGGUCAAGUGGACCAAGCAGGUCUUCGACCCGGUGACCAUCGACACCACGGAGCCGCCCGAGCUCUUCAAGUCGCAACUCUGGACGCUAACCGGCGUCCCUCCCGCGCGCCAAACCAUCCUCGGUCUCAAGGGCGGCAAGCUGCGCGACGACUCCGACUGGGCGAAAGCCGGUCUGAAGAACGGCAUGACGCUCAUGCUCAUGGGCACCCCAGACGCGUCGCUGCCGCCGCCGCCCACGAAGGCCGAGCUGAACAACGUGCGCGACGAUCUCGACGCGGACGCCAUGGCGCUGGAGCCUCCCCCGCCCGUCGGGCCACCGGGCCUGGCCAAUCUGGGCAACACAUGCUACAUGAACUCCACCGUGCAGUGCCUCACGGCCGUCACCCCGCUCGUCGCCGCGCUGCGCAGGUUCCGCGCGCCCGCCACGGAGUCGGACCCCAGCGGGAAGCUUUCGGCUAGCUUGAGGGAUGUCGUCGCUUCUCUGCAGGCCCGCGCGACGCAGGCGGUAAACCCGUACGUCUUCUUGUCGUCGCUUCGUCAGGUCGACCCACAGUUUGCGGAAACAGGACAGGAUGGACGGUACGUGCAGCAGGACGCAGAGGAGUGUUGGAGUACCAUUCUCACCAGGCUUGCUGCUAAGUUGUUGGUCGAGCCCGGCCGCCCGGAGAUUGGUAACGUUGUCGAUCGCAUGUUUGCCAUUCAGACGAAGGCCACGGAUACGUGCGGGGAGGGGGAGGAUGCUGAAGUUGUAGAGCGCAACGAUACUGUCAGGAUUCUCAAAUGUCAUAUUUCGAGCACGGUCAACCAUCUCGUUCAGGGCGUCAAGGAAGGAUUGGAGGAGACCAUUGAGAAGCACUCGGCCAGGCUGGAUAAGACGGCGGAGUGGAAGAGGACUACUAGAUUUGAUAACAUUCCCCCGUUUCUGAUUGUGCAGUUUGUUAGGUUCUUUUGGAAGUCUGCCGAGAAUGUCAAGGCCAAGAUUCUAAGAAACGUUUCUUUUCCGACGCAGCUGGACGUGUUUGACUUUUGUACGGAUGAGCUAAAGGAGAAGUUGACCGUAAAGAGAAAUGAGGCUAUGGCGGCCGCGAAGGAGGCUAUCGCGAAGAAGGAACAAGACGCUGGAGCGAAUUCAUCUUCUGACGCCGGAGCAGCGAGCAGUGCAGCUGCGGAAGAUGAGGACAUCAAGGCAGAAAUUGGAAACUACGAACUGAGCGCAGUUUUGACACAUCGCGGGCGGGCAGCCGAUGCUGGUCACUAUGUCGCCUGGGUCAAGGAGGAUGGCCCGAGCGGUAUGUGGUACAAGUUUGAUGAUGACAUUGUCACAAAGCAUACCGAGGAAGAAGUGAAAAAACUGUCAGGGGGUGGCGAUUGGCACAUGGCCUACAUUUGCCUGUAUCGGGCAAAGAACACUUUCUAACCCUCGUUGGAGUUGGAGGGCUGCAAACAGAUAAGCUUACCAGAAGCCGUCUGGCAUUGCUUCAGUCUGCAGUUGCCCAAAUCAACUGCGUAUCUUUUUGGCUAUUAACUCAUUGACGCGGCGCAAUUGACUAGCUGGGGAUCUGUAUGGCGGUACGCGUCUAAGGUUGUAGGUUGCCGUUGUAAAGUUAAGAGAACUCAGUAUGUAAAUGAUAUACAAAGGGGCACACGGGUGUGUCGGAAACCCUUGGUUGU